AUGGCAACCAAGGCAGCUACCAGCAAGGCUUCUCGAGUGUAUGGACUCAUGAAUUCAGUGUCAGCUCGGUGCACCUGUCCUGCUCAUGGACCAUCUGUCCCAUCAUUGGCACGCACACACAAACAUCACCCAGGAUGCGCUCACGACAAGUCUGUUCGACGAGGAGCAACUACAAACGAAAAGGGCAAGACCGAUUACGCUUUCGAAAUGGCUGCAAGUAAUAUCCGAUAUGGACCUGGCGUAACUGCUGAAAUUGGUUGGGAUUUAAAGAAUUUAAAGCCCAAGAAGGUGGUGGUGUUUACUGACACUACUGUUGGGAAACUAUUGGCUGCUCAGACUGUGUUCCAAUCACUUGAGCGAGCUGGUGUCCCUUUUGAGAUCUUUGAUAAAGUCAGAGUCGAGCCUACGGACUAUUCAUUCAAGGAGGCCAUUGCUUUUGCGAGACGUGUGAAUCCAGAUGCUUAUGUUGCUGUUGGUGGAUCUGUUAUUGAUACCGCCAAGGCUGCAAACCUCUAUGCUCACUAUCCCGAUGCGGACUUUCUGGACUUUGUUAACGCUCCUGUGGGCAAAUCACGCGUUGUUGACCGUCCUUUGGCUCCGUUUUUUGCUAUUCCAACAACAGCGGGAACCGGAUCAGAGACUACAGGUGUUGCCAUAUUUGAUUACUCACCAGUCAACGCAAAGACUGGGAUUGCUUCAAGGGCUCUGAAACCUACUCUGGGCCUUGUGGAUCCUUUAAAUACUCGAACCGCUUCACCAUAUGUCCACGCCUCAGCUGGUCUGGACGUCUUGACCCAUUCACUAGAAAGUUAUACUGCUAUUCCAUAUAAUAUGAGAAGUCCAAGGCCUGAAAAUCCAAAUCAACGACCUGCAUACCAAGGAUCGAAUCCAAUCUCGGAUAUCUGGUCAUUGAAAGCUUUAAGGAUGUGUGUCGAGAACUUGCCUCUUGUGUUUAAAGACCCAGGAAAUACUGAAGCCAUGAGUCAAAUGAUUUUGGCUGCCACAUUCGCUGGUAUUGGAUUUGGAAACGCUGGCGUCCAUCUGUGUCAUGGCAUGAGUUAUCCAAUCGCGUCCUCCGUAAAAGAAAAGGCAAUGAAGUACAAACAUCCAGGCUACAAUGUAGAUCACUCCAUCGUACCUCACGGUAUCUCCGUUGCUGUUUCAGCUCCCGCCGUCUUCCGAUGGACUGCCGCAUCAAAUCCAGAACGCCAUCUUGAGUGUGCUGAAAUAUUUGGAGUGGACAUAUCUAAUGUGAAGAAAGCGGAUGCUGGUCUAGUUUUAUCAGAAGCCUUGAAAAAAUUCUUGUAUGACUUGAAGGUUCCUAAUGGAAUUUCUGCAAUGGGCUUUGGGAAGGAUGAUAUCAACAUGUUGGUGGAAGGUACGCUUCCGCAACAUCGUGUGACUAAGCUGGCACCGAAACAUACUGGUGCUGAAGAGCUUGCUAGGUUGUUUGAAGACACCAUGACCAUCUACUAG